AUGGACAAUACUGGUGAGAUAAAAUUAUUGUUGUUUGAUUCAAUAUGCUCUGAGAUUAUUGGGAAGUCUGCCCCAUCAGUUUUUGGUGGCUCAGUUAAUGAGAUCAUAGAUCCAGAAAAUUUGUCUGAUCUAGUGAAAAGUCUUAUUGGAAAGACUUAUCUCUUUCUGGUAAAUGUUGAGAAUGCAAACAUAUGGGAUGGUAAGGACACCUAUAAGAUCUCCAAAGUGCUCUUGAAAUAUGGCCUAAUCGAAGAACAACUGCUGGAGAAUUCAUUUGACAACGUCAAUGCACCGUCUAUUGUCUCUGGUGACCAGGGACCGCUCAUGUUAGAAAACAGUCCGCAUACUACCGACUCUCUUACUCCAUCCUCCAAGCGUGUUUAUCUUGCUAAUGGAGGGACUUCUGAUCAAAACUUAACUUCCAAAAAGUUGUGUAUUGAACCUAUAGAUUUAGAAAAGUCUUACCCAAAAUUUGGAGUUGUAGGAGUUAAUGAAAAAGCUGGAGGAUCAAACGACAAAGUUGGGAUUGGAAAAUAG